AUGGGUGAUGUGACUGCAGUUGCAGUCCCUCCCAUGCAGACAAGCGAGAGCAACAAGAUUUCCAUCAUCAUCUCCCCAAGGGCUGCAACCUCCAAGAUUAUGCCAUUUGAGCUGAUCCAUGCCGGCAGCGUCAGCUCACGACCACAUGCUGAUGUUGCUGAAUCCUCUGGUGCUCAUGCAACUCACCAUCACCGAUGGAAUCAAGGCUUACCAAAGAUCAAUGCAGUUCCUCUGAUCAAGAAGGUGGGCGCAGAAUUCCUUGGCACAUUCAUACUGAUCUUCACCGUGUCUUCCACCAUCAUCAUGAAUGAACAGCAUGAUGGCGUCGAGAGCCUGCUCGGCAUUGCGACCUCUGCAGGUUUAGCCGUCACUGUUCUUGUUCUGUCCCUCAUCCACAUAUCUGGCUGCCACCUGAACCCAGCAGUCAGCAUCGCCAUGGCUGUAUUUGGCCACCUCCCACUUGCUCACAUCCUGCCUUACGUGGCUGCACAAAUUCUGGGCUCCAUUGCUGCCUCCUUCACUGUCAAGGGCAUCUACCAUCCAGUGAACCCUGGGAUCGCCACCAUACCAAAGGUUGGCACUACUGAAGCUUUCUUCCUUGAGUUCAUCACGACAUUCGUGCUUCUGUUCAUCAUCACCGCUCUGGCCACUGAUCCCCAUGCAGUGAAAGAGUUGAUAGCAGUGGCAGUUGGGGCAACAAUAAUGAUGAAUGCUCUUGUCGCAGGACCAUCAACAGAAGCAUCAAUGAAUCCUGCACGCACACUUGGACCAGCAAUUGCUACCUGUAGAUACACUCAGAUUUGGAUCUACAUGGUGGCAACGCCGCUGGGCGCUAUAGCUGGAACUGGAGCCUAUGUUGCAAUUAAGCUGUAG